CUGUUGUCUUGUGCGGGCGCUCGUUACUCGUUCCUAGCGGAUCCUAACAGAGAGAAGUUGAUGCGAUGGGGACGAGGGAGGUAUAUGAGCAGAAACUCAGGUCUGGUAACCUCUACCACGACCCCACCAUAAACCCUGGCCUUGGAUCCGCUCGCUGCCCUCGUUGUCUCUCCCUCUUAAACCCUCGUCUGGAAAAAGGAGAGUGGAACAUCACUUCUGUUUUACACGAUGCGACUGCCGUGGCUGGCACAGGUGCUGGUGCAAUGCUUAGUGCAGUCCAUGGCUUCAAUACAGGAAUUCCAUUUGUCCAGAAACAUGUGAAGGGACCCAAGUGGCUUCCUUUUCUUAUUGGGGUAUCAUCUCUUCUUCCUCCAUUGCUAUUGUUUUCAGGUGCCAGUGCUGCAUUUGGAGGUUAUGCAGUUCCAAAAUUUGCGCAGCUCUCAGUGACAUCUUAUUAUGCUGCCUCAAGUGCCUCACAUUAUGCAAUAUCUCACCUUACCAGGUAUAUUGAAGAAGCACACAUUGCUCGCAAUCUAAAUCAAAGAUCAAGGUGAUCCCUUGUAGGUUUACUCAAGUCUGAUUAGCCUCUUACUUUCAGUUUGUGAACAAUCUCAUAUUUCUGGUUUGAGAUUAUGAGGCUGUCAAAUGAUGAAGUUCAGUGAUAAAGCUGUGAAUGACUGUAAAUUAAACUUGCAUCUUCUUGUUCAAUUUCUUUGAUGCAAUAUUUUAGCUUAAGUUG